CGCUCGCACCGGAAGAGGCGGAAAACAACAACGGCCAACGGCGCGAGUGGCUGCCGAUUGUUUGGUGAGUUUGGCGGCGCCGGUCCCGGGGAGAGUGAGCAGCGGCUUUCCGGCGGGAGGAUAAUGCCGCGGAGGAAGAAAAUAGGAGCCAAAGAAUGAAUGGGGCAUGUUUUCACUGUUGCAGUCAUACCCUGCCGAUUGUGUUCCCUCAGGAAGCAUCCUAACAAGGUGAAGUGGAAGCCUAGUGAGUAAAUGGACAGUGAUCGAAGGAGGCAGCGUCAGGCAGGCAGCAGCUCUGAGGGCACAGAAGAUUCUGACUUCUCUGCUGAUCUGGACCAUACAGAUAGCUCUGAGAGUGAUGGACAACCACGGAGAUCUACCAGAUUAACCAGAUCUUCAUUACGAAACAGCCAGAGUUCUCAAGAUUCUAGCCCAGUACGCCAGAUACCAUCAUAUGCCUCAGAUGAACCUGCCUAUGCUACAAGAAGGGUGACACGGAGCCAGCAGCAGACAACCCCAGUCACUCCUAAGAAAUACCCACUGCGACAGACUCGGUCCUCUGGAUCAGAAACAGAGCAUGCAGUUGAAUUGUCAGACAAAGAUACUAAAACUGCAGUCGAUCACGAUGAGUCUCCCCCACGUACUCCUACAGGCAAUGCUCCAUCCUCGGAAUCUGACAUUGACAUUUCCAGUCCAAAUGCAUCGCAUGAUGAGAGCAUAGCAAAAGAUGCUUCAAUGAAAGACUCUGGAAGUGACCUCUCUCACAGGCCCAAGCGCCGCCGUUUUCACGAGAGUUAUAAUUUUAAUAUGAAAUGCCCUACUCCGGGCUGCAAUUCAUUAGGCCAUUUGACUGGAAAACAUGAAAGGCACUUCUCCAUUUCUGGCUGCCCAUUGUACCAUAAUCUGUCUGCAGAUGAAUGUAAGGUUAGAGCUCAGCAACGUGAAAGGCAGAUAGAUGACAGAGCAUUAUCACAGAGACAAGAUGAAAACAACAGACAUGCAACCAGGCAUCAGGCUCCAACAGAGAAACAACUGAGAUACAAGGAAAAGGUGACAGAGCUACGGAAGAAAAGGAAUUCAGGAUUGACCAAAGAGCAAAAAGAAAAAUAUAUGGAGCACAGACAGAUACACGGAAAUACGAGAGAACCACUCUUGGACAAUCUUACAUCUGAUUUUGACUUGGAAUUAUUCCGCAAAGCUCAAGCACGAGCCUCAGAGGAUCUGGAGAAGUUAAGGUUACAAGGCCAAAUUACAGAAGGCAGCAACAUGAUUAAGACCAUAGUGUUUGGUCGAUAUGAGCUGGAUACCUGGUACCAUUCUCCAUACCCUGAAGAGUAUGCUCGUCUUGGAAGGCUGUACAUGUGUGAGUUCUGUCUCAAAUAUAUGAAAAGUCAGACCAUCCUUCGCAGGCAUAUGGCAAAAUGUGUAUGGAAGCAUCCCCCAGGAGAUGAAAUCUAUAGAAAAGGAAAUAUAUCAGUAUUUGAGGUGGAUGGCAAGAAAAAUAAGAUUUACUGCCAGAACCUAUGCCUUUUGGCUAAGUUAUUUUUGGACCACAAGACUUUAUAUUAUGAUGUAGAACCUUUCUUGUUUUAUGUGAUGACAGAAGCUGAUAACACAGGGUGUCAUCUUGUUGGAUAUUUCUCCAAGGAGAAGAAUUCAUUCCUCAAUUAUAAUGUGUCAUGCAUUUUGACAAUGCCACAGUAUAUGAGACAAGGAUUUGGGAAAAUGCUAAUUGACUUCAGCUAUUUGCUGUCAAAAGUAGAAGAAAAGGUUGGUUCCCCAGAACGUCCCCUGUCUGACCUGGGGCUUAUCAGCUACCGCAGCUAUUGGAAGGAAGUGCUACUACGGUAUUUGCACAACUUUCAGGGCAAGGAAAUUUCUAUCAAAGAAAUAAGUCAAGAAACUGCAGUUAACCCUGUGGACAUUGUCAGCACGCUUCAGGCAUUACAGAUGCUGAAAUACUGGAAAGGAAAACACUUGGUUUUAAAACGACAGGAUCUAAUAGAUGAAUGGCUGGCUAAAGAAGCAAAACGAACGAAUGGGAACAAAACCAUAGACUCCAGCUGUUUGAAAUGGACACCACCAAAAGGAACUUAGUUGGCCAGUGUUUCUGUCUUAACAAAGGCACCACCUUGUAACAGCUUGUGUACACAAAACAGAAGGUCCCAUAGUGAAUCUUAGCCUUACAUUAUAUUCCUUACCACUGUUUGUCCUGCAGAGGGCAUAGUAAAGCGUACUACCCCAGCAAAUAUAAUAUUGUGCUUUUAUUCCAUUUGUUGUUUGUGGUAGCAUUUUCAACAAAGCAGCUUGACACGUUCUUAGGAGAGACAGUUGGGCAUGAAAUUUAUAGUUGUCCAACCUGGAAUAUAAACUUUCACAAAUUGCCAGUUACAUUGUCUCUUUAUUGUUUGUUCAAUGGCUGGUAGAUUUUUUUUAAUGUUCAACUUGUUCUUAGCAAAUGCUAAAAGGGCAAAAAAAAAUUUCUACAUCAAAAUGAAAAAGUAUACAGGCAGAAGCCCAAUUUGGAUUUUUGAGAGAAUUUGCUUGUUAAGUCGUGUUAAGUUUUUAAAAGAAUAUUUAGGUAGGAAUGUCCCCGACUCACCUUCUGUCCUAAACAUUGUAUGCUUUGCAACUGUUGCAGUCCUUAAGCAGUUUUCAAACAUAAUGGCUUUUAUGAAUGUGUACUUUUUAUGAAUGGUUGGAAAACAGUAGGGGAAGCUGAAGCCACGGCGUUCAACUCUUUCAGCAGUCUGAUAAGCUCCUGCUAGUUACAUCAGUAUGACAGACACCUUGAGCUAAUAUAUUGUAAAUUCCAUUCAAGUUUAUAUAGAGGCUACUUGUGGAAGAAUUGUUAAAUACCGUUUAUUUUUCAUGUGAUGGUUAGUACAAUGGAAGGUCUUAUUAAAGACAGCAAUUAUAAGGCGUAUUUCCUGACUUCCCCUGAAAAUUAUCAUCUUUUAUCACAUAAUAUUAAAAACACAGCUUAAUAAGGCUUAACUUUGUGUUCGAAGCUCAAAAACACUCAAGGUAAUUCAACUGUUUUGUGAAGUCAUUAGGAAGCUGAUGUGAUAUCAGUGUAGUUAUAACAUAAGUGAUACUUAAUGGGAGGUAAUGAAAUAUGAAAUCUUGACCAUUGUAAAUAAAGUCUGUGGGAUAUACAAUA